UCUAUCUUCUUCUGAAAGAAAACACACACCCAUACAAACUCACUGCUCCGGUGCUCUCACAGCUCCUUCCUUUUUUGCUGGUCGUGCCCCUCGAUCUCUCUCAAUGGCAGUUAUUCCAAGAGCAAUUCCAGUUUUUAUGCUUCUGUUACUCUUCAGCUUCUCUGAAGCCAGAGAGAUCGUGGUUGGAGGCAGUGCGGAUGCAUGGAAGACCCCGUCCUCUCAAUCUGAAUCCCUCAAUAAAUGGGCCGAAAGUUUUCGUUUCCGCGUCGGUGACUCUCUCGUGUGGAAAUAUGACGGCGGGAAAGACUCGGUAUUGCAAGUUAACAAGGAAGAUUAUCUUAGCUGCAAUACUUCUAAACCCAUUGAAGAGUACAAAGAUGGGAACACUAAGGUAAUGCUUGACCGAUCUGGGCCAUUCUACUUCAUCAGCGGGGCGAACGGACACUGCGAGAAGGGUCAGAAGUUGGUUGUGGUGGUCCUUUCUCCAAGACACAGGUACACUGGCAUUUCUCCAGCGCCUUCUCCAGUAGAGUUAGAGGGUCCAGCUGUUGCUCCGACUAGCAGUGCUACAAGGUUGCAGGGUGGUUUGAUGGUUGCACUGUGGGUUUUUGCUUUCGGUUUGUUUUGAUGCGACUCCAAAAGAAGAAAAGGGCCCAGGGUGAUUCAUUUGAUUACCGGCGUUUGAAUUUAUCUUUUGCGGGGGAUUCUUUAUAUUUUUUAAUCUAUACGGUGGAUUGGAUAUUGAUGAUAUAUGUAUUCCAAAUUCUGAUUAUAAAACAAUAAAUUUGCAUUUGUUAUACGAUCAA